AUGGAUUCUGAUCACAGUUUGAUCAGUUACUCCCUUGCGAUAGGUGAAGGCGAACUUAGCGUGACUAAUACACUACCGCGCCGCAAAUCUGCAACGUUUGCACUCGGAAAGGCUGAUUGGCCCAAGUUCACUUCGAAGUGCGACUCGGCGUUAGCAAAUGCUACUACAUGGCAGUCGGUCUAUCGUGGCAUCCUGCGUGCGGCAAAACAAACUAUUCCUAAGGGCAGCCGUGACAACCCUCGUACGAUUUGGACGGAAGAUAUGGAUUUGGCAUCUCAACAGGCUGAAGACGCGUUUCAGGCUCACCUUGCCACCCCACAUGGUGACAUGCUUCGGAACGCAUUCAUCCGGGCCAAGGAUCGACGAAACUCGGCUUUUCGUCGAGGGAUCCAAUUACUUAUGGAAUCCCGCGCUCAAAAACUCGGGGCCUUGUCCACCCCCAGUUGGCGUUAUUUAAGAGGAUUGGCGGCAUCGCCUCCUCGCCCACUUUCUACAGUGGUUCUCCGAUCACUUAAUGAUCGUACCUGUGCGCGCCCCUGCCAAAAAGCCAACUUACUUGUUCGCCAGUUUGUACAGGUCUCACGUGCUUUACUCACAAAUACCCCACCUAUACGACAAGACUGUCGUGGUGCUCUUUGUGACAUGGAUCGACCUUAUACCGCUUAUGAAUUGGAUCUGGCCAUCCAUGAUGCUCCUCUGGGAACAGCACCUGGGCCUGAUGGUAUUAUGAAUGAUUUUCUCCAUCAUCUUGGUCCUGUUGCUCGAAACACGCUUCGGGUAAUGAUAAAUACUUCCUUUGCAUCUGGAGAGUUUCCUCCGCAAUGGAAGAAAGGGGUGACGGCCCCUAUCCCUAAACCGGGUAAGGACCCCAGCCGUACUGAAAGUUACCGUCCAGUGACAUUACUAUCAGUCUUGCUUAAGGUGGCCGAACGUAUGGCCCACCGAUGCCUAACAGAUUCAUUCCUUCAUCACCCUCGACAAUUUGGAUUUAUGGCCCUCCGAUGUACUACGGAUGUGGUGACUCUUAUGUUGGAUCAGAUUACCCGUGGUCUUAAUGAAUUCUCUAUGGUGGAAUAUCCUCGAACAGGUGGUGGAUCGCCUAACUUGCAUCCCCGGCGCCACCGUUCGCUUGCAGUAUUGAUUGACUUUUCGACAGCUUUCGAUUCUCUUGAUCACUGCAAAUUAUUGAAUAUUCUGGAUAGGCUUCCGCAACUAGGACCCCGCACGAAGAGAUGGUUACAAAACUAUCUGCGCGGUCGCUAUAUCAAGGUGCGAGUGGAUGAAAAUACAUCUCGAGCGCAACUCACAUCUGCUGGGGUACCUCAAGGCAGUGUACUUGGCCCCCAGCUUUUCCUCUACUAUGUGGACGAUCUGCUAUGCCGUCUGGAGAAUAUCUUCUCUGUGUCAGCAUUUAUGUAUGCGGAUGACCUGACACUUGUUGCUUCUGGAGCAGACAUCCACGCUUGUGCUUCGGCGAUUCAACCAGCCCUCGAUGUGAUUACUACAUGGGCUGCCGAGUACAACUUGAAGUUGAACGUAUCUAAGAGUGACGCAGUACUCUUCUACGCCUCUUCCCAUACAGCAUCCGAUGCGGAAGAGGUACAUCUUCGGCUUGGUCACGGGACACUCCGUAUUGAGUCUCGUCCCGUUAAACUUCUUGGUGUGACCAUUGACCGUUUACUCAACUUUGGCCCUCACGUUGAUAAAGCAUCCAAACAAACGAUGAUACGCCGUUAUCAGCUUAAACUUGUUGCACAAGCAGGUGCAAAUCAUCAUACCAUGCGUUCAUUUCUCAUUAGACACGUGCAUAGUGUCUUGCUAUAUGGGUGCGAGGCUGUUCUCCCAUGCAUUGCGCCGACGUAUCUUCAAAACUUAGAAGUGAGAUAUCGGGGCAGUUGUAAAGCCUCCCCAGGAUUAAGUACUGCAACAGAAAAUUCUUCCGUUUAUUUAGAAGCAAACCUGUUACCCUUAAGCAAAAUAUCUAUGCUUAGGGCACUUGCCCAACAUGAGAGAUUUCUACGCCUUCCUGACACUGACGACAUUCGUAGAGCCAUUUAUACGCAGACUGAGCCACCUACGAUGAAUCGCCGCACAGCAACGCCGAUUCCCUUACCAAGAGAGACAGUCCUUAAAGAACUGAAACGAGUGUGUAAUAUUAUUGGGAUACCUACUGAUCACCCUCGUGAACCUCUUAUAUGCCGUCGCAUCCGUCCAUGGGAAACAGAAUUAUGUCAUUUUAUUCGUUUCCAUCAACCUCAAUACGAUAAAGAUGCCUCUGAAGAGGUAAAGAAGCGUGCUUUUGAAGCUGUGUAUACAAAGCUCUCUUCUCAUCGCUUUGAAUUAUGGACGGAUGGAUCCUCCUCACUCGCUGAAAGCGCAUCAGGAGCUGCUGCUUUACUUUAUGAUGGUACUGCGACCCAUGAUACACCAUUACAACUCUAUCAUGCGGCAGCGGGCGCUCUAGCAUGCUCCUAUAGGGCUAAAUGCCUGGCCUUGGAAGGAGGCUUAUCCCACCUUCUACUUCCGGCCUUACAAAACAUUCAAGACCCUACAUCUAUACUUAUUGCGACGGAUUCGCUCCCAGCCAUUGAAGCCAUCCGAGCCGGACCCUUGGCAGUCCAUGACCGGGUAACGGAAGAUAUUUGGCUUAUGUUACUCUCCCUUGCAUGUCGUAAUAUAACAGUAGAUAUAAUAUUUUCUCCAGCCCACUGUGGAAUUCAACGUAAUGAAGCAGCUGACGCUGAAGCUAAUAGGGCCCGGGACCCUCCUCAAGACAGCAUUCAAUUUGGCACGUUGAUUUUCUUACUGCGGUUAAGAGAUUGCACUGGCAGCAGGUCCAAUAUGAAGAGGAAUGCGGAACUACCCCACGAUCGGCUCUAG